AUGCCAUUCAUCUACGAGUACCCCGUACUCCACCCUUUGCAAUGGGUUCACUUUGUGAUCACACUGCUGACCUACUUCUGGACCAUUCUCUGCUUCAUCGGUAUUUAUGGAGUCCUCGUAUCUACGCUCCGUCGCGCCCCGGUUGAGAUCACCGAGUGCCUAGGCAACCUGCGGCAGCAAAUGUGCGAGGAGCGCUGGGCGUUGAGGCAGCAGACGCGUGAGCUAAGGGCCAAGAUCGCCUCGGCGAGGGCAAAAGGCGAGCGAUACCGGGUCGGGGCGGACCUAGUCAACCACCAUCACCACUACAACCGGCACGACAGGAGGAGGAGGAGAAGCAGGAGGGGAGAGGGUUGCGGUUACUGCAGCGACGAGGCGGACUGCUCGCCGUGCGGCCUGGAUGACUGCUGUCCCGGGGAAGGGUCGCUGGAGCUGAUGAGGCUGACGCUCUCGGAGCACACGCUGACGCUGCACCACUCCAUCCUCAGGGAUCUUUGGCGGCAGUUCAAGGAGCUCGAACGGCCGUUUCUCGUCUCUCCUACCGUGGUGGCCAAGGCCGUCAGGGAUGACGACAGGUGGAGUGAGGAUGAUUUUGUGGAAAUCAAGAUCAGGGCAGACAUUGAGGCGCAUGGAGAGGCGGGGAGCUUCUCUGGAUGGACUGCAACAUACAGUUGCACCUUUAUGCAGCGGAUUACCUGGUACAGGACCAAAGACAACGUUCGACUGCUGGGCGACAAGCUGCAGCGACUGAUGCUACAGCGGAUGGCCAGAGAGGUCAGCCACGUCCGAAUGAUGGUCAAGGGCCUCGUCCGCCACGACGCCAUCGAGGCCAGGUCGCCCAAGAAGCCCUGUGGCUGUGUCGGAGUCUGUACCCAUCAAGUGCAGCUCCAGGUGGAGCAAGUGCACUGCCGCAAACCCGCGAGCGAAGAAACCUGCAGUUCGAGCAGCAGCAGCGACAACGCGCGAGUGGAAGCGAAAAAGGUUGAAGAGCGGAGGGAGAAGAGCGUCGUGUCGGUGUGGAGGUUCCGCGAGGACGACCAGGUCCGCCAUGCCUUGCAACGUCGCGUUUCGGAGCGCACGAAUCGUCCGUCCGACGGGAGGAGCGGGCGGCAGCGGAGACGGACUUCCUAUGUAGUUCAACGGUCAUCCAGCGAGGGGGGCUUGAAGACGGUUCACGUUGGGAAGUGA